GCGAUUCACGGAGUCGGUGAACUCGUUAAACGCGGACGCGUGUUCGAGCCCGGAAAAGGAUCAAAGUUCGAGAGCCGGUGGUCGCGCGUUCGCUGUCGAAAAGCUCGGUUCCUCUGGAAAUUCCCUCGAUUUCCGCGCGUUUCGGUGCACGACGGUUGUUCCACUCGAAGAGAAGACGCGUUUCCCCGCGCUCGGUGGAUGUGCACUCUCGAGGUGCGACGGGUGGCCAGUUCUUCCUGGGCGGAUCAUCGAACGAAUCAGCCUGCAACUCGAGACGACCGCCUCCGUGGAUCCUGCGCAACGCGACGACCGACGAGUGAACCAUGAGGACGUCGCUGGUUCUGCUAGUGUCCAUCGUGGCGUCCGCGACGGCGGCACCUCUGCGAGAGAUCGCCGGGCCCGACGCGCGGAUCUCCCCCCGCGGCAAGGACGAAGAGGCCCCGGUCCCCGCGGAAGCCGAGAUUGUCACCGGCAGGGACGCGACGAAUCAACCGGCAAAAAAGCAAUCGGAGAAGUCCAGCGGUGGAACGAACGAUUCGAGGAGCGGCGGUUCGUUGCCAGCUGCGAAUCUAAGCAAACACGCCAGAACCGAGGGUAAGCCUGAUUCCGCGCAAUCCGCGUCGAAGCUGUCCAACGAUGCCAGGGAGAGAGUCUCGAAGAAGAAUCGAAGGCACAAGGCAAUCUUCGUCAACUACCCGAUCGUUCCGCAGCUGCCGUUUUCGAACAUACCCUACGACGUUGAUUACACCGGGAACAGCUUCGACGCGGAGGAUGAUGGGAAGAGGUACGACGAGAGCAACAUCUUCUACAUCCGGCUGCCGCCCACUCCGUACAUGUUCGUCCCGGGAUUAGGCUACAUCUCGCAGCCUCCAACCUACUCAACCUCCAGCCUGCGACCUCAGAUUUCAUACAACAGACCUGCCCGACCGAAGCCUGUCUACCAGCAGCCAGUCAAUCCCUUCAUCAAGCUACCGAUCGACUUCGUGAGCAACGGGAAACCGACGUCUGUCUAUCAGUGGCAGAAGAAGACUGCCGGCAAGAAACCGACCGACAGUCCCAUCAUGAAUCUGGACAGUUUGUCGAACGAGUUCGUCAGCAACGGGAAGCCCACGUCGAUCUAUCAGUGGCAGACCAACCUAAAACCAGCCAAGAGACCAGAGGACAACGCGAUCAACAAUCUGGACAAGGGUCCUUACACGUUCAACGGCAAGCCGGCCAGCUUCUUCCUCCUGAAACCCGACGGAACGAACUCGAUACGUCAGCCGCUUCGGUAUCCGGACUACCAGCAGGAUAAUUCCUACUAUUGAUGUACCGAAUCAAAUCCGGCACGGCUGUUCGCGGAUCCUAGAAAUUGAUAGUCUUGCUCGAAAUCACUGGCUUGGCGGAGUACCGGCACGAUGAGGGUGCGCACGCGAGAUACGGAAUGAUCCUCGUCGAACCACGCUCGUCUCCGCGUUAUGAUAUCGGAGGAGAGUGCGCGACUCGAGCAACUCGAACGAACUGGCAAGGAUAUUCGAUAUAUAUUAGGUCAACUCUGCCGGCCGAUGGACGAUCAUUCGCGUGUCGCGACUAGUAAUCUAUGGAAAAAUCUGUACUUGGAAUCGUUGCUAAGAUACAGCGAGCUGAUAUUUCUCCGACGUUAGAGCAAACAGGAACGUGAUCUCAUCGGGAUUUUCACUGGUGAUUCACAUCCUUGAUUCCGAAGAGUUUAGGGUCCAGCUUAAAAGUAUCACUCACGCUCUCGCUAUAUUUUGACGACGACUGUAUCUUGUCGGAAAAUCGCCACUCGAGACGACACAGCGGCGAGAGAGAAAUUUCGCCGCGUGUCUCGAUUGCGGUAUUGAUCGAUUACCAUGUUAUUCUAUCGACGAAUGGCGCAUCCCUGUCGAAAAGGUGAGAAGAGGCGUGCCUUCUCACACUCUGUCCAAUUACGGGAGAAUUUCCGCAUUCCGUUCAAGUGCCUCCCUCCU